GCCUCAGCUGUGUGCGUGUUUCUGUCCCGCAGACUCAGUCACAUAUAAUCCACAGUGACUCCUCCAUCAUCAUCAUCAUCAUCACUGUCCUUAGUUCGGAUGGCCGUGUGUUCUCCUGCGGCUCGAAGCUCAACACCUGUCCCUCUGAACCGCCUAAAAACUGCGUAUUUAUUAGUGACCACUCGGCAGUGGUAGCAGUGACUCCACCAUCGCCAUGGCCUCUGUCACCUCCACCCCCGCCGCCGCCGCCUCCUCUGCCAGCCGCACCAGCCGCUCCACAUCUCGACGCAGCGCGGCCGCCGCCGGCCUGGCCUCAUCCAGGUGCAGCCCGACCAGCCUGUCCCGCAUCCACGAGAAGGAUGACCUGCGGCAGCUCAACGACCGCCUCGCCAACUACAUCCAGCGGGUCCAGGAGCUGGAGAGCGAGCGGGCCUCCAUGCUGGUGCUGCUGGAGGAGAAGGAUGAAUCGAAAAGCCGGGAGAUGAGCAACGUGCGGCGGCUAUACGAGGAGGAGUUGGCCGACGUGAGAAAGUGCCUGGAUGGCCUGGCCGGGGAGAAGGCCCGCCUGCAGAUCGACUAUGGGAAUCUGUGCGACGAGUUCAGGAAAAUUCAAGCCAGGUUCCAGAAGAAGGAGAGCGACCUGGCGAACGCGCUGGCUCAGUGGAGGAAAGUCGAGGCGUCUCUUAGCUCCAAGGAUGUUGAAUGCAGCAAGCUGACGUCUGAAAACAGAACACUGCAGGAAGACUUCACUGACCUGCAGGGCCAGUUUGAGAAUGUAGAGGGCGUUCUAUCAGACACCAGGAACCAGCUGACCACAGAGAUCCUGAGGAGGGUGGACAUGGAGAACCAGGUGCAGACACUCCGAGAACAGCUGGAACUCCAGAGGAACAUUAGUGAGCAGGAGAUCUUGGAGAUCCGCAGCCGUCAUGAGAGCCGCCUGGUGGAGGUGGACUCAGGGAGAUGCAGAGAGUUUGAGAGUAAACUGGCUGACACGAUGAAGCAGCUCCGCCAGGACCACGAGUCUCAGCUGCAACAGUACAAAGAGGAGAUCGACAAGACCUUCAGCUCAAAGUUGGAGAACGCCCAGCAGGCUGCAUUUGAGAAGAAUGAUGCCAUGUCAGCCACUAAAGAUGAACUGGAGACCACGAAACUGAGAGUGGAGACCCUCAGCUCUCAGCUCCAGGUGUACCAGAAAGAUAAAAUGGUGCUGGAGAGUCGCUACCAGGACCUGGAGAGGACUCUGGACAGGGAGCGGGAGCUUUGGCAGCAGAAAACGAGUCAAAAGGAGCAGGAGCUGCUGAACAUGAGGAGCCAGAUGUACAGUCAGCUGGAAGACUACGAGAACCUGCUGGAUGUCAAGCUGGCUCUGGACAUGGAGAUCAAUGCCUACAGGAAGAUGCUGGAGGUGGAGGAGCAGAGAUUGCAUCUGUCACCCAGUCCCUCCCAGCGUACCACCGUCCCCCGAACCCACGAACACAGCAGCCGCAAAGCCAGAGGGAAGAAACGCAAACAUGAGGGAGCCACUGGCAGCUCACCUGCCUAUAAGAUGUCCAGUCGGUCAACAGACCAUGGCGUUGUGAGCGUGGCAGAGGUCGACAUGGAUGGAAAAUAUGUCCGACUGAAGAACAACUCUGAAACGGAACAGUCGCUGGGAGGCUGGGUUGUUCGUAGGAUUUACCCAGACUCUGGUGACAUCUCCUUCCACAUCCCCUCCUCCUGUGUCCUGACCGCUGGGCAGACGCUCACAAUCUGGGCAGCAGGAGCAGGGGUGGAGGCUGUUUCUGGCGACCUGGUCCUUCAGGGUCACAGGAGCUGGGGCCCCACCACCAAUGUGAGGGUCGUCCUCCUCAACGCCAACCAUGAGGAGAUGGCUGAGCGCAGUCUAUGUAUGCAGGUCAGAGGUGACGAGGAAGAGUUCGAUGAAGAAAUUGUCUCGGGCAGUGCCAUCCAGCAUUUUCGGAGACAGCCAAAGAGAAAAAAGAAGUGUUGUUCUGUGUCUUGAGUGCAGAGCAGACCAUAGGAACUUUCUAAAGAGGCGAGCUGUGCCGUCAUGUGAAUGCGUGUCCAUUUUUCUGCUGUCCUUUGUGUCUGCCUGGAAAACUGGACUGGCUUUGGUCUGCUGUUGUCUGGUUCCAGUGUUUUCUACAGAAAACUACAGUAGGACACAGAUGUGUUAGUGGAGAGCUCCGAUGCCUUAUUGAAACAGUAUGAACCUCUGUAUUUGUUUAGUCUCUGAUUUGCACAAGACCAGAUGUGAGCUUUGCCUUGAUUUGAUCUAAUUUAAAUGAUUAUUUAAAUGUUUGUGUGUGUGAAAUAAAUGUUGGAAUAAAGUUUUCUUAACAAAUACAGUAAAGUCACCUGCUUUACAUGUGUGGUCAAAUGUCUCACUGAUCAUAAAAAUAGAGAAGGCAAGAAUUAACUUUAGAUUUUUGGAAGUAAUCUUAAAGAUUACACACUAAUGCAAAACUACUAAUGGGUAGUAUAUUCAAUGUGUGCCAAUAAACCCUCAAAUGUUUCACACUGGACCUAAAA